GAAAAAGUUUGGUUGCCACGUGCAGCUCUUCGUUUGUCUGAAGCUCCCUGGGCAGAAGAACUUGAAGCAGUUGAAGAGUAUCCAAUCCUUCAAGAUACUGAUCAGGACUUACAGAUUCCAGGAGGGGUUGAUAUGUCGUGUGCCAGUCUGGACUACGAUGAGUCUGAUGAUGAUUUAAGGAAGGAAGAUAUCAGUUUUACAGGAGAAUCUGAAUCUGGUUUAACAGUCUCUAGAUCAAUCUCCUUGGAUGCUGGAGCCCUUGCAGGCGAAUUGUUGAAACGAAGCAGUACUUCUAUAUCCCGUGGGAGUAACAACAGCUCCGUAGAACCCGGUCUUGGUCGAGCUUACUCAGAGGGGGGACCUUGUUCAGCUCCUGGGUCCCCUAGAUCCUUACCAGCCACACCUCACAAAUAUAAGAAAGGAGAUAUUGUGUCUACGCCCUCAGGUAUUCGGAAAAAGUUUAAUGGAAAGCAGUGGAGAAGACUUUGCUCAAAGGAAGGUUGUUCAAAGGAAUCCCAAAGGCGAGGUUAUUGCUCCCGCCACUUGAGUCUCAAGGGCAAGGUGUACGGUCAAAACUCAACCCUUGCUACCAACACCUAUGCCGGAACAACGCUAAUUAUUGGCAGCCCAGGGUUAGAUUUAACCUCAACCCCUCUAGGUCAAUCCACGCCACUUUCUACCCAAAGGAGUCUUUCAUUAUCUACGGAGGAAAAUGAUGCUGCUAAAAUGGAGGCAGCAAACCUUCUUGUAUCCUUGUCUGGAUCCCGUAGUUCUACUCCAGCAGGAUGCUUCUCCCCAAACAAUGCUCAGCCAAGUCCAUCGCUGCGAACCAUGACAAGUCCUAAAUCCUUACCAGGUUCCCACCAUAAUAUGUUCCUACCCAUUGUCACCCCCGGACAUCAGAUGCUAGAUCCAAGAUGGAGAUCUCCUGCCAUAACAACAGCCUCCCCUAUUCCCACAAGCUUUAUUGCUAAACCGGGGCAUGGGCUGAUCCGACCUGAGCUUGUUCGGCCGAUGAAGAUAACAAAGAUACUGCCUCCUGCUCCUAUUCAAACAUCUACUGAGAUUAUAAGGCUAAACUCCAGCCAAGCAGACAAGAUCAUUGUAUCAAUGAUACCUGCCACUCAGAUUUCAUCUCCAUCAACCCAGAUCAGAACAAGUUUUGGAUUAAAGAGCAAUUCACUAGUUACCAUGAGCUCCAUCCCUGCAACCCCCAAUGCUAUCCCCAUGACAACUUUUCUGAGUGGUCAAAGCGUAAUCAACCCGCAGACCAUCACUGUAAUACCAGUAACAGGGACUCUUCCUGGUAAACCUCCAGAUCUACCCAACAGUACAGCAGCCAAUACGGUUUACUAUGUUAUACCGCAGAAGGGUAUAAACAUUGCACGUCCCAUGCUACCUGUGUUGAGUACAGGAAUGAACGGUCCACAGGACCAGGACAAGUCAGUAGCAAUUCACAUUCCAGACAGGGGCACCAAUGACCCCAAUAAUGGCAGCUCUAUGCCCCUGCUCAUCAAAACAGGGGCGUCACAAAUUGUUCAGAAUCCUGUUGCAAGCUCUGGGACUCAGCUUGUUGUUCUCUCCAAUGGUUCCAUUUCAUCUGGAAAUCCCCCAAACCCCACAGCGCUACUGCCAGUAAUAACAGUGGCAAAGGCAGUAGCGUCAACACCAGCCACAAUAACAACUAAGGUUGAGAAAUUAGAGGAUCCUGGAACUAACUCUACCCUUACAGUUUACCCCUGGCAUUCUCUAGUACCAUUCAUCACCACAGCAAACCCAACAGGAACCAUCUCCAGCCCCUUGAAUAACCACAGGGGCUCCAACAGCUCUAAUCCCUCCAACUACCAGGAGGGUGGAGGAGGACCUGGAAAACCUCCUCCGAAAGCCUUGGAUAAGGAUGGAAGUAUGGAGGGAAGUAAUGGAUCUGGUAGAGGAGACAAUGAUGUCCCUCCCUCUCCUGGGGGUAGUUCGGUUGAGGGAGAGGAGGAUGUUUUCUUUCAUGACAAUGCACUUCCUUCACCAACCAACCAUACUGAAGGCGGCGCUUCUGCAGGCAAACUGGGCCGAAUUCGUCGACCAAUGAAUGCAUUUAUGAUUUUCAGUAAACGACAUCGACCCCUGGUUCAUCAAAAACAUCCAAACCAAGACAACAGAACUGUUUCGAAGAUACUGGGUGAAUGGUGGUAUGCUCUAGGGAACCAGGAAAAACAAAAAUAUCACGAUCUGGCCCAUCAGGUCAAAGAAGCACAUUUUAAGGCGCAUCCUGAGUGGAAAUGGUGCAGUAAGGAUAGAAGAAAAUCCUCAAGUUCCAAAUCUGAUAAUGGACAGGGGGAUGAGGGGGCGGGGGAAUGGGAGGGCAGGAGGAGAGAUGAGGAAGGGAAAAGGGAAGAUGAAGGUGAAGGAAGGCUGGAAGAAGACAGGGAUUUUGAGGAUUUAAAAUGCAGGGAAAAGGUAUCAGACGCAGACACAGACAUAGAGUCAGAGUCGGAACAAUGGCACCAGAAAUCUAAUAAUAGCCUCGUGCAAACUAUACGACCAGCAUUCCAGAUUCAGCAAAACUGUGAAACUGAUGGAGUGAAGUUGAAUCGGUCCUUAAACAAACCCUUUCAUCCUUCAGGGUCAGGGGCAUUCAAACAGAUGCCAGCCAAGUCUGAGGAUCCAGUUCUCUUAGGAGAGCAUGGUUUAAGCAGUUCACAAAGUAAAGCCGGACAAUUUAUUAUCAUCACACAGGUUCAGGAAUCACAAGGGAAGAAAUCCACAAAUCUACCAACAACAAUAUCUACUGGCGGCCAUUUUAACAAUAUGGCGCCCAGUGGGCAAUUCAUAAAUGUUCAGAAUGGCGGACAGUUGGUUAAUAUAUCAACCAGUGGACAAUUUACAACACUGACAAACGGCGGACAGUAUACAACAGUGUCCAAUGGCGGACAGUUGUCAGCUGUGUCUAACGGUGGACGUUUUACAAUUGCAUCAAUAGCCGGAAAUGCGCCAAAUUCAAAAAUGAAAUCAACAAAUGGUUCGGCAAUGCAGGAACAUGAAAAAAAUUUGGAGACAUUCGAAGAAAUUAACAGUAAUUCUUCAAUAAAAGUUAACACUUGUAACACAGUUGAAGGAGAUAAAGAUGUACAAAGCUCCGGAGUAAAUCCUUUAAAUUCUAAAAAAUGUCGAACCAUGCCUCCACCAUUAGUUAACUUACCCAAAGAUGACAUUGACCUGGAGGACAAAUUCAUCCUCGGUCCUACUCCUGCCAUGAGAACAAAAACCCCGUCCUCCCCCUCUGUGCCCUCGACCCCAACAACUCCGACAAUGAAGAGGUUCUUCCGCAAGGCGACCAAGGAAGACGGAAUGGACAAGGUUUUGGAAACUGUAAAUUUUCAGGAGAAGUUUUCCUCUCUCCCAGAGUUUAAACCGAGUUCCACUGGAGUCUCACUCCCCUCCUCCCCUCAGAUAACGGCAGGAUAUGUAAAAAAACACAAACUCUUAGAUGAUGAUCUAGGAAGUGACGCCACGGCAACUCCUCGUACACCACGAACCCCAAUAACAUGUUCAAGUACACCUCACAGUACACCGCACAGUUUACAGCUGACUGGAACUACUUUCUUUGGACCAGAUUUUAAUCCUGAGACAUUUAAAGGAGAGUACGAGCAUAAUACCAGUUCUCCUAGAACCCCAGGAGGGGGAGCAUCUCUUCGACGAACCCUUGACGGUCGUCGUCAGCUUGUUAUGGAACUUUUUCAUGAAGAGGGCCUUUUUCCCUCAAACGCCGCAACAGCUGUUUUCCAAACCAAACAUGCUGAUCUUUUCCCCAACAAACUUUGCCUUCAACUGAAAAUCCGCGAAGUGAGACAAAAAUUAAUGGCGGCAAAUAGUAGCGGAAGCAAGCAAGAAAGCGUGUCAGCUGUUUCAGUUUCUAAAAUGGACGGCAUUCAACAAAACCUGGUGAACAAUACUGCUAGUGUGACAAGUCCCAGUGUAAACUAGAAGUAGACAAAUUACAUCCUAAGUUAGAAACCAUUGUAUAAAUCUAUAUAUUAAUAAUUUAGAUCAGAAAUAUUUAUCGUACAGCGACA